AUGGUUGCAAUUUAUGGCUUGAUUUCACAGUCAUGGGUUAUUAGUGGAGAUUUUAAUGUGGUCAGGUUCGAAGCAGAAAAGAAAGGGAAUGCAAGAAACACUAGAGCUAUGAAGGAAUUCUCCAAAUUCAUUGAUGAAUUAUCUUUAGAUGAUCCUCCACUUCAUGGUGGCUCAUACACUUGGUUUAGGAGGGUAAAUAGUACAUGUGCUUCUAGAAUAGAUAGAUUCCUGGUUAAUGAAAGCUGGGAUGAGCAAUUUAAACUCCUAAAACAAACAGUGUUACCAAGAGUUACUUCAGACCAUUGUCCAAUUUUGCUAGAAUGUGGGAAUUGGAGUAAGGGGAAGGGUUACUUUAAAUUCGAGGAUAUGUGGUUUGAACAUAAAGAUUUCGGUGAUUUGGUUGAUAAUUGGUGA